AUGUCUUCUCGCCACAAAGUUCCCGUUACAUUUACCUUUCAUCGAAAAGGCGUUCAUCCUCCACUUUUCGUCGCCGGAUCGUUCACAAAUCCACCGUGGGAACCUCAGGAGAUGACUGCGUCCAUAGACCAACAUGGAGACUACAUCUACACUAAAGAGGUUAUGGUAGAUGAGUGUUCGGAGAUCCAAUACAAAUUCCGACAUGCAUCUGGUGAUUGGUGGGCUUUGGAUCCGGAUGCUGAUACAGCCACGGAUGAGCAAGGCAAUAUCAACAGCUUGUUAUACUCUCCGAAUAUUAGGGCAGCUCAAGAGAUAACACGGCUACAAGAAACACACAUCCCUAAGCCUGAGAGCACGGCUGCCGACCUCAACAAUACCUCAACAACCGAAAAAGCCGGAGUUGUUCCUAAUACCCAAGAUACGGAAACGGAUAUUACCGACCUGAAUUCUCUCAACGAAGACCUCAACAAGGACCAGCUACUACAUCUAUCUUCUACUCCAAUCAAUGAAGUUACUCACACUACCCCCGAAGUCGCUGAUUCGGGUUCUCAGCUCGAUGAAGACGAAGAAAUGGCGAGUACUGCAGCCGAAGUUGCUGACUCCGCUUCUCACCUGGAUGAGGGCGAAGAAAUUUCUAGCACUGUCGCCGAAACAAGUGACUCCAUUUCUCAGCUUGUUCAAGAUAAAGCAGUCGCUAGUAUUGCUGCCGAAGUAGCUGAUUCUGCGUCCCAACUAGAUGAAGGCGAGACUGAGACUGAUAGCGACGAUACAUAUCCCAUGUUUAGCCAUGAAUGCUUUGCUUCUCAACCUAGUCAGGGAGAGCCACAGUCAGAGCCCCAGCUACAAUGUGACGCAAUGGAAUUCACUCCACAAAGCAUUGACGAUUUGGAUAUGGAUUUCGAUGACCCUCGGCUAGAGCAUUUCCCCUCCGACCGCGAAUCUAUCAUGGCUACAAUGCGGCGUGUGUCAGCCACCGUGGACUCAGAUCCGACAGUGGUAGAUAAAGUCACCCUGUCACCGGUCAUCACGAGGAAAUCAUCUGUCGCGAGCAGCUCUUCCCCUAUGCGGGACUCGUUUGGCACCGAUGAUGACGUAGACACUGCAGAUGAACAGACAGAAGCUAUAACUCCACCGUUUGUGGGCAAUGCGUCUCGACACUCUCUACAAUCAAUUGCAGAAGGAGAGGAGGUCCCUUUCGAGAUAGAGUCUCGAGACGAGUCUACUCCAGUCCAGUAUAUCGGCCCUAUCGAGAAAAGCAUGCCCCCUCUCCUCUCGCUGGACAGUGACGAGGGAGUUGUUAUGAACACAGCGGCAUCUCGUAAUCCAAACAGUGAAACGAACGACGCUAUAACAACGGAUGAUAAGGCAAGGCUUGAGCCCAGCCCUACUAUCAUCGACGAAGUUAUCGCAGAAAGCGCUACCCCGACUGAAGAUAUUUCAAGCAGCAGCGUCUCAAGUAGAUCAAAGUCUAGUGAGCAGAUUAACCAGCCAGAUCUGAAAGAUCCAACUAACGAUGAGCGGCCAUACUCACCCUCGUCGGCGCACUCUAUCCACGACAAAGGGAGUGACUCCUGGAUCCACACCUUGUUCCGCACGGUGUUCGUCGACUGGAUCAGAAAUCUCUUCUGCUGGCUCUGUAGCCGGAACCAUAACCAGGUGUAA